AUGGCUGCAAAAACAACUGUAACUUGUGGCUUUGAAUUAAUAAAACAGUUACAAGAAUGGUCAAAGACAAAUAUGCGUGAAGAAACUUUACAUAAUACAAUUGAUGUAGCAGAUCUUUAUACUAUGGUACCGCAGACAGAAGGAGUAUUGUCAUUAAAGAAAAUGUUAGAUCAUUUAAAAUUAAAACAAGUCGGUGGUCUCAAAAUUGAAACAGUAAUUAGAUUAAGUCGAUUUGUUAUGCAAAAUAUUUAUUUUUCUUAUGAUGGCCAAUAUUAUCAUCAAAUUCGAGGAGAAGCAAUUGGUUCUCCUCUCACAUUAACUAUUGCUAACUGUUAUAUGCUCUUUUAUGAACAACAAAUUAUUAAACAAAUUAACAAUAGUAGCAGACUGUAUUUCCGAUAUAUUGAUAAUAUUUUUAUUGCAAUUAACUGGCCUGCUCGACAUUAA